AUGGUGUCAAACAAGGCCGCCGUUUUGGCGCUUACGCUUCUCCUUGCAGCUCUCCAACCAACAUCCGCUCAAUUGGGACCAGACGGCUCGCUUACCGCCCUCCCCACGGGUCUUCCCCUCUACCAGCGUGACGGCUCCACAAUCACGGUUAGCACCACGCAGUUCAACCCGGCGCUCACCAACCAGGGCGGCACCACCAACUCGGCGGGCACAUUCAACGUCUCCCCGCUCGCCACAUCUACCUCGUACGAAUUCGAGACGGUGCAGCAGACGUCUACGUUCGCGGUGGGGAGUGUCAACACUGCGCGUGCGACUGGCGGCUCGGGCUCCGGUUCCGGCUCGGGAGGAAGUGGCAGUGGAAGUGGCGGCAGUGGAGGCGGAAGCAGCGCCAACUUUGGCGGUACCAUCGUCGUCACUGCCACGGCACCUACCAGCACCGUUGCAAACACCCAGGGCGCGAGCGGAGGCAGCAGCGUCCAGACCGGUAGCAACGGACUGCCCAGCUUGGCGCUGAGCAACUCGGAGAGCAACGCUGCCCCAAGGAUGGUUGGUGGUGAAAAGGCGGUGGUUGCUGCGCUCGGGGCGAUGGUUCUAACGACUGUGUUUGGCGCCCUCGUUGUUGUCUAA